AAACCGACAACCAGAGCCCGCCGCAGGUUUCUUUGAUUUUAGUGCUCUUCUUGUGCCGCUCGUUACCCUUUCGUUUCAGCACUCUCGUUUGUUCUGUUGGUAGACGCAGCAGCUAGCUAGCUAUACAACCGCGCGCGAGGGCGCGUUGCUCUUCGCGCCGGUCCACUGACUUUACGGCCGUGUCAUUGAUGCUCGAUUUGUCUGGUUGCAUACAGCGAUAUUUUGCCGUAGCUGCUUUUUAGUCUCCUACCCUCCCUCGCCUAUUUUGAUCGUGUCGAGGAUCACGACAUGGAGCCCUCGACCUCACGCGAACCACCAUGGGCAGAGCACGAAAAGGUCUAUCUUCUGGCCGAAGUGCUCAAGGCCGCUCAAGUACCCUCUCAUGUUCUUUUUGGAUUCAUCCGCGACGCCAACAUCCAGCCACGAUGGAAUGACAUGGCCCUGCCUCCUGGCCGGUCCGUCCGCUCUAGCCAGAUGGCGUUUGAGAGCCUCGUAGCAACAUACUCGGUCCCUGGCCAAGACUAUAGACGACCUCACUUACCAGCUCCUAUGAUGUACACGGGGCCCGAUGUUGUCAAAAAGCGACCUCACCAGCAAGAGGCGGCUCCUCCGGUUGGCCGACUGCUGCAACCUCGCCCACCUCAAUCCUAUCCAGGAGAGUACAUGCCCGCGGGCCCUGCGUAUACCUCGUCUGUGCACACAGUAGGCGAGCCGGCACACAAGAAAAAACGCGGACGACCAACAAAGGCAGAGGCACAACAGAGAGCACAGGAGGCGGCAGCGCGGGGCGAAGUAUAUCCACCCCCAAGAAGAGGCAGACAAUCCAUUACGGCGCCACCUGAACCAUCGCCACUUGGCCCAGAUUCACGAUCGCAUGAGCGUACAACGCCCCCUACAGCAUCUUCUCAAGCCGCUCCUGUGCGGACACCACAGCAGCAAGUUGGAGUCGAACAAGAGGAAGAAUCGUCAUCCGGGAAAAGAAAGCGUGCAAGACCACAGGCCCUAGAACUGGAGAAGCACCGUACACCCACCGGACUGGAAUCUCCCCUUGCAUAUGGACCAAGCGAUGCCAACCGCGCCCCACCAUAUUCAACAUUCACCCCCGUAUCUGCACCCUUGCCAUCAUCUACAGAAUCCAGAGACCGAGACCGAGACAUACGCAUGGAAGGAGUCGAGGAGACUCAAGCACGAACCACAACACCGCACUCGUUUAAAGACACAGUUGGCAUCUAACAGCGUUUUCCUUGGUCAUAAAAGCAACACACGGCGGUAAUCUCUUUUUUUUUUGAAAGCGUUCUGUCAACGACUCUACUUAUGCACUCACGAUGACCUUUACGGCCAUGAUAUCAUGAAAGGUAUGUCUUGCCAAGUUAGCCUCGCUGCCAUCAUUACUGAAGCACGGUUCGCGCGCAUUGCAUCACCUUUCAUGCUCAUGCUGCUAACUGCCGCUUUGGGGGGCUGUUUGUCUCGCAACCACAUCAUCGGUUUUUUUUUCUCCUUCAUGCACAUUUCCUUGUCUAGGCUUGUUAGUUCAUUUCCUUAUCAACUGCAUGUCGACACUCUAUGAAGGUUGAGAUAGGAUGUGGCCCCUUCGCCUAAUGUUUUACAUUUGCUGUCUUAACGAGUCAAGAGUUUGGUUUCCUUUUUUUCGGCACCGGGAAACUCUA